AUGUCUGACGAUAAAACUACCGCAACAUACGAGUCACAUUUAAAGCAGGAUUCUAUGUCAUCAACAAGCUCUCAGUCUAUUGAGCAAAUAGCAUCACCAAUCAAACCAGAACCAGAAAAGAAAUCAUGGUUUAAAAUGAAAAACUUGUUCGAAAAAGUGGAAGAUAGACCAACUCCACCACAGGUUUAUAAUUAUAGAGUUUAUAUGACUGCUAUUAUGGCAUCUGCUGCUGCCAUUAUCAUCGGGUAUGAUGGUGGGUUUAUUGGUGGUACUGUUGCUUUAGAUUCGUUCAAGAACGAGUUUGGUCUCGACAAAUCAGCACAUUCUAGUUUUAUUAUAUCCAAUGUCAUAUCGGUUUUCCAUGCUGGUUGUUUCUUUGGUGCAUUGUUUUCUUAUCCAUUCUCAUUUUAUCUCGGUAGACGUAUUCCAUUAAUCUUUGCUGCAGUCUUAAUCACUGCCGGGUCUGGUAUCAUGUUGGCUGCAAACUCUAGUGUCGGGUUGGGUCCAAUCUAUGCUGGUAGGGUCAUGGCAGGUAUUGCAGUUGGGUUCUCCACUAACUUGACAGUGGUGUAUAUAUCGGAAAUUGCUCCACCAGCAAUCAGAGGUCAAUUAACCAGUAGUUAUGAAAUUGGUUGGAGAGUUGGAGACCUCGUUGGGUUUUGGAUCAACUAUGGGGUCGACUCUCAUAUUCCUGAUGGUAAAAAACAAUGGUACAUUCCGUUUGCUAUUCAGUUAAUUCCUAGUGGGUUGUUUUUGCUUGGAAGUAUUUUCAUGAAGGAAUCCCCUAGAUGGUUGAUGCAAGUUGGCAGAUAUGAUGAAGCUAUUAAAAACUUGACCUGGUUCAGACAAUUGCCAGAGGACGAUGAAUACAUUGUUUAUGAAGUCAAUCAAGUCAAGGAAUCCAUUGAAGAACAAAAACAGAAAAUCGGGCUUGGAAUUAUGGAUCCAUUUUAUGAAGUGUUUUUCAACAAUAAACAAGUUUUACGUCGUUUGUUAAUCACCAUGACCAUCUAUGUUGUUUGUAACUUUUUGGGUAUUCAAUCUAUCAAUUAUUAUUCCCCGAUUCUUUUCCAAGGUUUAGGUGUCAAGGGAACUAAUGCUUCGUUAUUUUCAACCGGUAUGUUUGGUGUGGUCAAGUUUAUCUGUACAUUUAUUUACAUUUUAUUUAUUGUUGACACAAUUGGAAGAAGAAAAGCAUUUAUGGCAUCAUCCACCGUUUGUUCACUUUGUUUUUGGUAUAUUGGUGCGUACUUGAAAUUGAACAACCCUACCAAACCAGGUGUCCUGGCCGGUCCAGGAGGCAAGGCUGCUAUUGCCAUGAUGUAUAUUUGGAUUGCUUCGUUUAUCUUAGCUUGGUCAGGGGGUCCAUUUGUUGUCGGUAGUGAAGUGUUUGAUCAAAAUAUCAGAUCUUUUGUUCAAGCUAUAAAUGCCGCUAUGUCAUGGGUGCCUAUAUUUAUCAUGUCAAGAUUCACAACUAACAUGAUUCGUGCCAUGGAUUAUGGUAUUUAUUUCUUUUUCGCGGCUUUGGCACUUGCCACUAUCCCAUUUCUUUACUUUUGCUUACCAGAAACAAAAGGUAUUGCCUUGGAAGACAUGGAUAGAUUAUUUAGUUCAGAAUUACCUGCUUGGAGAGCACAUGAUAUUCUUAUGAAACGUGUACAGCACGAAACCGAAGAAGUGUUUCAUGAAAACCAUAAACACGGUUUAUUCGAAGCUGUUGAUAAUAAACCAAGGACAGAAAACGUUGAGGACAUUUUGGUCAACAAAGAGGAGAAAUAG